ACGUCAUGACAAAUUAACUAUGACGUCGUUUGACGUUAGAUACGAAGUCGCGAGAAACAAACUUUUUAAAAAAAAUGGUAUUUCUGAACAAGAUUAGUUAAUACAUGUAUCAGUUUUGAGAAGAUGAACGAGCAGCUAGAGAAUCUAAUGUUCCAGUCUGACCGAAAGGCAGAUUUCAGUCCACGUGCUCAUCUAUGUAUACUAACAGACACACUUCAAGUCACUGGACCUCUGCACUUGAUGAUCACAGAUCUCGUGCACACGUGCUUGUCUAACUAUUUCCUGCCUCACAGAGAUGCUGCCAGUGUAUCUUGGGUAAAAAGGGAUAAUUUGAGACAAAGAAUGGUUAAUAAAACAGACGACAACGUUGAUUUCCAUGAAGAAUUGACGGAGAUUGCCGGGAAUCUGGAUGACGCAGACGCUGUGUUUUUCAUCAAUGAAGACGCUUCCAUCUUCAUUAAAACACAUCGAAAUUCAUUUCUACACACAUUAGCAACGUGCUUAAAGUCAACUCCUAAUAAAAUUUUGGUUCUUGAUAUAUGCUUAAAACCUUUAAAUAUUUUGUAACACACAUAUAUAUAGUUAUUAUAAUAUAAAAGUUGAUACUUAAUUCAUGUUGAAUAAGUUGUUUAUAAAAUAAAUUGUAUUCGAACUGUUA